UGAUGAACACUAUUCGGAGCAACCAUUAAACAAAUGGCUAACAGAAACAACCCAGAAAAUGGCGAACGGGCCUUUUUCUAAGAUAACGGGCUUUUUUCACUAAGAAGGAAACUGGGCCUAAUUACAUAUGGAAUUUAAUCCACCACUUCUCACGUCGUCGCAACGGACUCUCAGUCUCUUUCCUCUGCCGCUGCAUUUCCCCCUGGAGAUCCGCACCGCCGGCGAAGUCGAAUUCCCACCACCGCCAAAACGGCACGCUCCUCCGCUGCAGCAAGCAUUAAACACCAUCGAAUCGACCCUAGUUGCCAUGGGGGAGCUGGCAGCUGAUAAGCAUGUUAAGUACAUCCUGGCAGUGGAGAAGAGAAAGGAUAGUUUUGAAUCUGCUGUGCUGGAGCACUUGCGAAUGAAUGGGGCUUAUUGGGGGUUGACCACCUUGGAUCUGCUAGACAAGCGUGAUGUGGUAGACUCCAAUGAGAUUAUUGAAUGGAUCUUGAAGUGCCAACAUGAGUCCGGUUUGUGGUGAAAACUAUCUAGAUGUCAUUUUGUUGACUCUCUAGCCAAAUGGUGGGAAAAUAAGGAUGAUGAUGAUGCUCUUUGAUUCUGCAGGUGGAUUUGCUGGUAAUAUUGGGCAUGAUCCACAUAUACUGUAUACCUUGAGUGCCAUACAGGUUUUGGCCCUUUUUGACAAGCUUAAUGUUCUUGAUGUCGACAAAGUGUCUACUUAUAUUGCUGGACUGCAAAAUGAGGACGGAUCCUUUUCUGGUGACAUCUGGGGAGAAGUGGACACCCGGUUUUCCUAUAUUGCCAUAUGUGGUCUCUCCAUAUUGAAAUGCUUGGACAAGAUAAAUGUGGAGAGAGCUGUAAACUACAUCAUAAGUUGCAGAAAUGUAGAUGGUGGAUUUGGAUGUACACCUGGUGGCGAGUCUCAUGCUGGACAGAUAUUCUGUUGUGUGGCUGCCCUUGCCAUUACGGGAGCUCUACACUACGUUGACAAGGACCUCCUUGGAUGGUGGCUGUGUGAGCGACAAGUGAAAUCUGGUGGCCUGAAUGGCAGACCCGAGAAGCUCCCAGAUGUUUGCUAUUCGUGGUGGGUUCUUUCUAGCUUGACCAUGAUUGAUAGAGUUCAUUGGAUUAGCAAAGAGAAGCUUAUCAAGUUCAUUUUGAACUGUCAGGACACGGAGAAUGGAGGAAUCUCAGAUAGACCUGACGACGCAGUUGAUAUCUUCCAUACAUAUUUUGGUGUUGCUGGCAAGACUGUCGCUGCUUGAAUAUCCAGGAGUGAAACCUAUAGAUCCAGCUUAUGCCUUGCCCGUUGAUGUCGUUGAUCGAAUUUUCUUCAGCAAAUAAUUUACACGCAGAGUAAGUUUAACCAUAGGAAACAGUAAACUUAUCAAUUUCUCUGCAAUCUCCAUUGUAAUGAACUCUACCAAUAGCAUCUUUCCUCGAGAGGUCUUUGCACAUUUGCCACAGAGGGCGGCUGUUGGUAUCUUGGUAUUUGAGACAUUUUUCCUCUGCACAGAUACUGUCGUGUUAACUUGGUAUCCUUGAAAAACAUUUUUGAACUCUGUUGACACUGACGAUUCAUGUGCUUUGAGAACACAAUAGUAGGAAGAGGUUUAUCGAACAUGGAGAAGAUGGGUGUUAUCGGAACCCACAAAUGUUGCUCCCUCUCUCCAAAGUCUGGUCCGAACCCCAGAAAGCAAAUUUGCCUGUUCUUGGACCAGCGCUUGGCAACCAAGUUUCGCCGUAUUCAAGGCUAUUUUCAUCAUCGAUUAAGUCUCAAUCAAAUCAACC